AUGCCUUAUGAAGUCAAUGCUGGGUAUGAUUUUACAAAUAUGGUCCGGAAAAAGAACCCCCCUCUGAGAAACGUUGCUAGCGAAGGCGAGGGCCAGACCCUGGAGCCUAUAGGUACAGAAAGCAAGGUAUCUGGAAAGAACAAAGAAUUUUCUGCAGAUCAGAUGUCAGAAAAUACGGAUCAGAGUGAUGCAGCAGAACUGAACAAUAAGGAGGAACAUAGCUUGCAUGGCCAAGAUCCACCCUCUAGCAUCAAGAAGGGCUUAAAAAGCUCAGUCCUGAGCGAGAAGGCUGGCUUCAAUUAUGAAAGCCCCAGUAAAGGAGGAAACCUUCCCUCUCAUCCACAUGAUGAGGUGACAGAUAGAAAUAUGUUGGCUUUCUCAUCUCCAGCUGCUGGGGGAGUCUGUGAGCCCUUGAAGUCUCCUCAAAGAGCAGAGGCAGAUGACCCUCAAGAUAUGGCCUGCACCCCAUCAGGGGACUCAUUGGAGACAAAGGAAGAUCAUAAGAUGUCACCAAAGGCUACCGAGGAAACAGGGCAAGCGCAGAGUGGUCAAGCCAAUUGUCAAGGCUCAAGCCCAGUUUCAGUGGCCUCAAAAAACCCACAAGUGCCUUCAGAUGGGGGUGUAAGACUGAAUAAAUCCAAAACUGACUUACUGGUAAAUGACAACCCAGACCCGGCACCUCUGUCUCCAGAGCUUCAGGACUUUAAAUGCAAUAUCUGUGGAUAUGGUUACUACGGCAAUGACCCCACAGAUCUGAUUAAGCACUUCCGAAAGUAUCACUUAGGACUGCAUAACCGCACCAGGCAGGAUGCUGAGCUGGACAGCAAAAUCUUGGCCCUUCACAACAUGGUGCAGUUCAGCCAUUCCAAAGACUUCCAGAAGGUCAACCGUUCCGUGCUCUCUGGUGUGCUGCAGGACAUCAAUUCUUCAAGGCCUGUUUUACUAAAUGGGACCUACGACGUGCAGGUCACUUCGGGUGGAACAUUCAUUGGCAUCGGACGGAAAACUCCAGAUUGCCAGGGAAACACCAAGUACUUCCGCUGUAAAUUCUGCAAUUUCACUUACAUGGGCAACUCCUCAACUGAACUAGAACAACAUUUUCUUCAGACACACCCGAACAAAAUCAAAGCUUCUCUCCCCUCCUCUGAGGGUGCGAAACCUUCAGAGAAAAACUCUAACAAAUCCAUCCCUGCACUUCGGUCCAGUGAUUCUGGAGACUUGGGAAAGUGGCAGGACAAGAUCACGGUCAAGACGGGAGAUGACACUCCUGUUGGCUACUCAGUGCCCAUCAAGCCCCUCGAUUCCUCGAGACAAAAUGGUACAGAGGCCACCAGUUACUACUGGUGUAAAUUUUGUAGUUUCAGCUGUGAGUCAUCUAGCUCGCUUAAACUGCUAGAACAUUAUGGCAAACAGCACGGAGGAGCGCAGUCAGGCGGCCUUAACCCAGAGUUGAAUGAUAAGCUUUCCAGGGGUUCUGUCAUUAAUCAGAACGAUCUAGCCAAAAGUGCAGAAGGGGAGCCAAUGGCCAAGGCAGACAAGGGCUCUAGUGGGGCUAAAAAGAAGGACUUCUCCAGCAAGGGAGCAGAGGAUAAUAUGGUAACCAGCUAUAAUUGUCAGUUCUGUGACUUUAGAUACUCCAAAAGCCACGGCCCUGACGUCAUUGUAGUGGGGCCACUCCUCCGUCACUAUCAGCAGCUCCAUAACAUUCAUAAAUGUACCAUUAAGCACUGUCCCUUCUGUCCCAGAGGCCUUUGCAGCCCAGAAAAGCACCUUGGAGAAAUUACUUACCCAUUUGCUUGUAGAAAAAGUAAUUGUUCCCACUGUGCACUCUUGCUUUUGCACUUGUCUCCGGGGGCAGCCGGAAGCUCGCGAGUCAAACACCAGUGCCACCAGUGCGCGUUCUCCACCCCUGACGUAGAUGUCCUCCUCUUCCACUACGAGAGUGUGCAUGAGUCCCAAGCUUCGGAGGUCAAACAGGAAGCCAACCACCUGCAAGGAUCGGAUGGGCAGCCGGCUGUCAAGGAAGGCAAAGAACACUCAUGCACCAAAUGUGAUUUCAUUACCCAGGUGGAAGAAGAGAUUUCCCGACACUACAGGAGAGCUCACAGCUGCUACAAAUGCCGUCAGUGCAGUUUUACAGCUGCUGAUACUCAGUCACUACUGGAGCACUUCAACACUGUCCACUGCCAGGAGCAGGACGUCACUACAGCCAAUGGUGAGGAGGACGGCCAUGCUGUGUCCACCAUCAAGGAGGAGCCCAAAAUCGACCUCAAGGUCUAUAGUCUGCUCAAUCCAGACUCUAAAAUGGGAGAGCCAGUUUCCGAGAGUGUGGUGAAGAGGGAGAAGGUGGAAGAUAAAGAUGGGCUAAAGGAGAAAGUUUGGACCGAGAGUUCAAGUGACGACCUUCGAAACAUGACUUGGAGAGGGGCAGACAUCCUGCGAGGCAGCCCAUCCUACACUCAGGCGAGCCUGGGGCUUCUGACGCCCGUGUCUGGCACCCAAGAGCAGACCAAGACUCUAAGGGAUAGCCCCAAUGUCGAAGCUGCCCAUCUGGCGCGACCUAUUUAUGGCUUGGCUGUGGAGACCAAGGGAUUCCUGCAGGGGGUGCCAGCUGGCGGAGAGAAGUCGGGGACCCUCACCCAGCAGUAUCCUGCAUCGGGAGAAAACAAGUCCAAGGAUGAAUCCCAGUCCCUGUUACGGAGGCGUAGAGGCUCGGGCGUUUUUUGUGCCAAUUGCUUGACCACAAAGACCUCUCUCUGGCGAAAGAAUGCAAAUGGCGGAUAUGUAUGCAACGCGUGUGGCCUCUACCAGAAGCUUCACUCGACUCCCAGGCCUUUAAACAUCAUUAAACAAAACAACGGUGAGCAGAUUAUUAGGAGAAGGACAAGAAAGCGCCUUAACCCAGAGGCACUGCAGGCUGAGCAGCUCAACAAACAGCAGAGGGGUGGCAGCGAGGAGCAGGUCAAUGGAAGCCCCUUAGAGAGGAGGUCAGAAGAUCAUUUAACUGAAGGUCACCAGAGAGAAAUUCCGCUCCCUAGCCUGAGUAAAUACGAAGCCCAGGGUUCAUUGACUAAAAGCCAUUCUGCUCAGCAGCCGGUCCUGGUCAGCCAAACUCUGGAUAUUCACAAAAGGAUGCAACCUUUGCACAUUCAGAUAAAAAGUCCUCAGGAAAGUACUGGAGACCCAGGAAACAGUUCAUCCGUGUCAGAAGGGAAAGGAAGUUCUGAGAGAGGCAGUCCCAUAGAAAAGUACAUGAGACCUGCGAAACACCCGAACUAUUCACCACCAGGCAGCCCCAUUGAAAAGUACCAGUACCCCCUUUUCGGACUUCCCUUUGUACAUAAUGACUUCCAGAGUGAAGCUGAUUGGUUGCGGUUCUGGAGUAAAUAUAAGCUCUCCGUCCCUGGGAAUCCGCACUACUUGAGUCACGUGCCUGGCCUACCAAAUCCUUGCCAAAACUAUGUGCCUUAUCCCACCUUCAAUCUGCCUCCUCAUUUUUCAGCUGUUGGAUCAGACAAUGACAUUCCUCUAGAUUUGGCGAUCAAGCAUUCCAGACCUGGGCCAACUGCAAACGGUGCCUCCAAGGAGAAAACGAAGGCACCAUCAAAUGUAAAAAGUGAAGGUCCCUUGAAUGUAGUAAAAACAGAGAAAGUUGAUAGAAGUACUCAAGAUGAACUUUCAACAAAAUGUGUGCACUGUGGCAUUGUCUUUCUGGAUGAAGUGAUGUAUGCUUUGCAUAUGAGUUGCCAUGGUGACAGUGGACCUUUCCAGUGCAGCAUAUGCCAGCAUCUUUGCACGGACAAAUAUGACUUCACAACUCAUAUCCAGAGGGGCCUGCAUAGGAACAAUGCACAAGUGGAAAAAAAUGGAAAACCUAAAGAGUAAAACCUUAGCACUUAGCACAAUUAAAUAGAAAUAGGUUUUCUUGAUGGGAAUUCAAUAGCUUGUAAUGUCUUAUGAAGACCUAUUAAAAAAAUCCUUCAUAGAGCCUGCCUUAUCCAACAUGAAAUUCCCUUCUUUUAUUCUUUCUUUUGAUGAGUAGGUUACCAAGAUUAAAAAGUGAGACAAAUGGUCAGUGAGAAGAAAAAAAAAAAAGGAAGAUGGUAAAUAGUCAUGUUUUAGAACCUAGUUAAGUCAAAAAACCAUCUUGGCGAAUGUGUACGGUGGAAAUGGUCCAUAAGAAGUAUCACCAGACUCUCAUUAUUCUGUUUGUAAAGAAAGAGAUCAAAGCUAUCUAGAAUUUGAAAGGGUUUACAUAUUAUGAUGCUAACACAGUAUUGGGCUGGCCAUUGGUCCAUUUGUUCAUAAACCCAGCAGUUGUUGCCUAAAGUUAGAAGUAUCACGAAAUCCUGGGCAGAUGAGGAGAUAUCAAAUCUCCAGGGCAGUGAAAGGAAAAUGGCGCCUCUUACAGCAGUCUCCUCUCAUUGACCAUGUUUCCCAGACCUAGAAAUGCGAGCUGUGGUUAGGCUUGGGCAGAGAGCAGCAAGGAAAGCGACAGCCAGGGGCGCGGUGAUUUUGGCCAGCCCUGCCUGUACAUACACAUGCACACCCCUCUGAUAUUUUUGUCCUUUAGAUGUUCAAAUACUCCUUUCAAAAGUAGUCCUUUUGUUUGCAAUUUAGGUUCAUUUUGUCCAAAUAUAGAUGCAUUUAAAAAAAAAACAAAAAAAAAAACCAGUGUCCUCAGUGCUUACGUAGUCUUUUUUUUUUUUUUUAGCCAGAUGUUUCUUUCUCGUAUGUGAUAAAGCGGUUUGGAUUUGUCUUUUAAGCCUCCUCUUGGUCACCAAUCUCACUUGGCACAUUAUAACUAAAGGGAUUUCCCCUCCCUCAGUUCAAAACGAUUAGAUGGAUACAAAAGUUCAGACCAUGGGCUGAAUUUGUUUAGAAUACAUGGUAUUUCUCCACAAGGUAACCUGCUGUAUUAUUUAUUUUCUUUUGGUUAAGUAGAAGUUCCAAACUUUGUGGCCAGGCAGCGUCUAAGGUUACGUUACCACAGACUGACAGUUGGUAUAUGUACCAGUCACUCCCUUCAUUAGAUUUAUACAGGUUUAGUUAAGUAGCAUUAAAUAGGAUUCUUAGAAGUAUAUCUUCAUAGUACUUUUAAUACUUAAGGCUUUGUAAAACUAUCCAUGAAGGGAAAGCUCCUCAGCAUAACUGCUCAGGGAAAUAGGGCUACAUAACUGAACAUUAAGUAAUUGGUUAAAGGUGCUGUUAGUCGAGCCUCAAUGCUUGCUACAAGGAUGUAUGUACAAGGACUGACUUUAAUAAUUUGCAUUAUAUUGUCCCAACCAGUAGUUUAUUUUUUGCCACGGAGAUGUAGAAGAUAUUACAAGCUACUGGAUGCACUGUCAGAUUAACUUAUUUCAUUAAAGAAGUUGGGAGAACAAAUAGGAAAAAAAAAACUUAUUUUUCUAGUAAAUAUUAAUGUAUUACAUUUCAAAUAAUGGUGCCUGACAUAUUGAAUAAUUAUUUUCUACAGUGUACGUAUGCAACAAAGAUAUUCCAUCAUGCAUUAGAGUCAGUUCUGGCUCUGCCUAGCUGUUUACAUUUGCAAAUGUAGCAAACAAGGUAAUGAAGCAACUAUUUCUAUUGCGGUAGAUACCUUUUUUGUGUGUGUGUGUGUGCAUUAAAGUUGUAAACGGUAACAUGAAACAAAUGGAAGUUCUUG